AUGUCUACUUUGGUGGUUGAAACUGUUGGAUUCGGCAAGAUUGAGGGUGGACAAAGAAGUUUGAGCAAUCUCAAGGUAGUUGGAUUAGCACUGCUGGGGAUCCUGGGAUCAUUGCUAAGCGGCGUCUUUGUAAGUAUAUGUGAGAUAUCACUUUCAGUUGUUGGGCAGUUACACGAGUUGAUGAUAUUGCGACCAAACCACUGUUGUCUUGAACCACCCAGUGCAUCCAUCGAUCAUGCAGCAUUCUCAAGUAUCACAACCCUCGGUCUCAGCAGCACCAAAACGCAAUUGUGGACAAUCAAUGCAACUUGA